AUGUCAACACCGACGGGCGAUAGAAGCAAGGGUGGCAUCAUCUCGUGGUGUCUCCUAACCGUGCACGUCGACCAGGCAAGGCUUGUCGCUGGCUACGGCACCGAGUCCAUCGACGAUGGCACCACGUCGGUCGGCUUCUUCAAGGUUCCAAACGCGUGGGGCGCCAACUGGGGCGAGCACGGCCACCUUCGACUCCAAGGCGGGCUCAACCGCGAGGCCGGCACGCGCAAACUCGCCAGGCGUCGAUGCAACGCCAACAACGAUCCCGCGCACUCCAAAGCUGACGACCCGCCGCGUGCGUGCCGAUCGACCACGAUCGACGUCGAGAACGCGGCAACUUGA